AUGGUGGACAUUGAAGUACUAAGGAAUCAUCCAACAGAUACUGUAAUCAACAAUGUUUUCACAGAGUUAUUAUCAACUACUUUCCAUGGAGAAGAUCGUAAUGCUGACCUGGACCUAGGCGCUAUACUUUUGAUAUUGCAAUAUGUUGUUCCAAUAUAUCCAUCUUUAGGGAAAGAUACGAAACAGACACUACAACACUUACUCUCUCGAUCAUUUCUGUUUCUAUCGCAAUUGGUCUCCUUUUCUGCAUCUCUAGUUCAAGAAAGGUCUACGUCACCUAGGCAAUCGAAUAAAUCAUUAUAUGGGAAAUUAUUAAUUGACACAUUAUCUAAGGAAUAUUCAUGUUUAACCAACUACAUACUUUUUGUGGGAAGAAGUCGACUGCAAGUAAAUAAUCUGAAGUCAUUAUUCUUUGGUAGUAAAAUAUUCAAUCUCAUCUCAUCAGAUAUCGACAUUAUACAAUAUAUACAGAUAAUGAAAUCACAAUGGAAAUCCUAUAUUGAUUCUAAAGGUGACCUUCAGACAUUUUCUACAAUUGACGGCGAAUUACUUGUUUCCUCAUUUACCUUAAAUCAAAUUUUAACAAUGGACAUUAUACUGGGUGAAUUGUUCUUAACUACUACACCUUACUUGGCUUAUUUCAAAUCUAUAGUUAGGAGUGCUACGCCAUUAGAUCAACAACGAUUAAUAAAUAAGUAUCUUUUGAAAUUUUUAGAACCAAGGACGAACAUGAAUAAUUAUUACGUUGUUUAUGCCAUAGUGAGCUCUGGCUUACCUCUCAAUAGUACCAUUGAUUUAGAUGCGCUAAUAGCAUUAAGAGCAACUGUUUUACAAGAAAUAAUUGUAAGGUCACUUACGAUAGAAUCAAUAAUGAAAAUGCUCCCAUUAGAAAUCGCGAGAUUUGGGGAAGUAAACGAAGAGACUGAUGAAGUGAUAUGUUUGAUAUUCGUAAUGUUUUUAAAAUUCCACAUCAAUAAGGAUGGUGCGAUUGAUAUAAUGUCACAUAAUAGUGAUUUCUUAGAUGCUGUCACCAAAAGAUUGGCUCAUAAGGAUCGGAUUAUACGGGAGAGGACCAUGUUUGUCGCUAAGUUGGCAUCGAGAAAUAAAUUGGAAUACGAAAGUGAUUUUACAAUUGAAAUACCGGAUUUGAAACUAAACGUCACAGCUUCGUCAACUACUGAUUUUAGUCUAUUGAAUGAACACGAUGGUAGGGAAUCGGAUUCACAAUCCGUUGAGGUUGUCUCAGCUGCCGUUGGUGAGCUGGUUUUAGAUGAUGGUAAUGUUAGUGACAGUGACGAUGAGGAUAGUGAUGACAGUUCUAACAAGAAUAUAAAUGAUAUUGUUUUUAUCAAAGAUUUGGUAAAAGAGCUUGAGAUGCUUGACAAUAAUAAUCAUAGGAAUUCAUUCAUACCUCUUUUGAAAAAAAGUAUUAAAUUAGUAAGACAAAAAAGGCAUUUCCCAUUAGAAGUAGAAUAUUAUUGUACCGCGUUGCUCUCGAGCAUUACACUUAUGAACAAUAACUUUGAUGAAUCACAAUUUGAAGGGUGGAGAGUAAAUGCAUUGGUAAGUUUACUUGUUGUUGUCCCUGAGAAAGUAACUGAAUUAUACAAACUGUUCUUGAAUUCAGAACUAUCCCUACAACAACGAAUGUCAGUUCUAACGAGUUUAGGUUUAGCAGCUAGGGAGUUGAGAGGUUUUGAUGAUAAGAAUAUUGUUAAACCGCAAUAUGAUUUCCCCACUUCAAGAUUGCCCUGGGAUAAACCAUCAACGGAAACUAAUGUGUCACUGAUCGAAGACCUAUCGGGUACAACCGAGGAAACAUCUCUUUUAAGACAAAGUAAAACAGUUUGGAAGUCUAAGAAACUAGAAAAAGGUAGUAAAAUCCAAGAAGUUAACAGAUUCCGUAAAUAUGCAUCUUUAUUCUUCUUCCCGUUGGCUCAUACAUGGCUGAAUGGUAUUGAUAUGGGGACGUUUGAUAUCUUAUUUAAGACUCAUUAUAUCUCUACUUUGAGAAUAAUUUACACGUGUGCAAACCCGGUUCAUGAUUAUGAGUCAAUGACGCUUUUGAUGGAAAGGAUAAUGCAACAAGCAGAAGCAGAAGGUGUUGUGGCACUCGUGUAA